UCUUAGUUACUGAAUUAUAUCAAUCAAGAUUAGAUUAACUCUGUGUAGGGUAAAGUUUGAGGAAUCAAUUCAGUGCGAUCAGAUGGCGACCAUGGUUCAGUAUCGUUUCUCGAUGACAAGGCAAUUUGCUUACAUGAGUUUGAGCCACCGUUUCAAAGCACAAUCGGCAGAUGUUGUUGCAUCCCCUCGAAACCAAGGAAUCCGCUUUCUGCUCUCGAAGAUUUCCAGUUCCAAACUCCAUAAUUCAUGUGGUGGAGAAGGCGGUGGAAACAAUGGUGUUGGUCGUAGCUUAGGAGGUAGAGGAGAUGAGAAUUCCAACUCCAAAAACAAAUAUUCGUGGCAGGAUUUUGGCAUUCUGGGUGUUUUCCUAAGGGGAUGGAGAAACAGGGUUGCAGCAGAUCGGCAGUUUCCGUUCAAAGUUUUAAUGGAACAGAUGGUGGGAGUCAGUGCUUGUGUUGUUGGGGACAUGGCUUCUCGUCCUAAUUUUGGUCUUAAAGAGCUUGAUUUCGUUUUCUCAACUCUUAUUGUCAGUUCCAUUCUGAAUUUCACUCUCAUGUAUCUCUUGGCACCAACAACCUCAGCUUCUUCUUCAACUCUCCCUGCUAUCUUUUCAAAAUGUCCUCCAAGUCACAUGUUUGAACCUGGUGCAUACACCUUCAUGAACCGUUUUGGGACUCUUAUCUUCAAAGGGGCAGUUUUUGCUGCUGUUGGAUUUGGUGCAGGCCUUGUUGGAACUGCAAUCUCAAAUGGGUUGAUCAAAAUGAGGAAGAAAAUGGAUCCCAGCAGCUUUGAAACACUCAACAAACCUCCUCCUACCUUGUUGAAUGCCCUUACUUGGGCUAUUCAGAUGGGCGUCAGCAGCAAUUUGAGGUACCAAACCUUGAAUGGGAUUGAGUUCCUGUUGGCCAAGGGAGUCCCUCCCUUGGUAUUUAAGUCAUCAGUGGUGUUUCUGAGAUGCUUAAAUAACGCCGUCGGAGGAAUGUCAUUUGUGAUAUUAGCAAGGAUGACAGGGUCACAGAGUGUCGUUGUGGAGAAGCCAGCAAAAGUGAAGGUUUGAUCUGCUGUCCAGAAGGAGAAAUUGGUGGACGCAUUUGACAAUUUGGACACCAAUCAAUUAGUUAUUUGGUACUUUUGCAUGUUAUUUUAGUCAGUUUCCCAGGCUUUGUCUAGCAUGCGAUCAUAAUAAUUGUAAUAAGAUCCGAGGUGUAUCCGGAUAUGAUGAAAGAGAAAACUGACUUGUUUGAAUUUAGUCUUAAAAAUAUAUUUAAAGAGCUGAAAUAAAA